ACUGAGCCCUCGGAUUUGAUUGGUAUUAUGGUGCAAGGAGGCAACAGCGAGAUCGUUCGAGGCACAGGCCAGACAGUCACAUUAGAGCCUUUGAUAUACUCACAAGAUCCGGACGAGGACCCUGGAAUUCAACCAGAUCCAGGCCUGACGGUGACAGGCUGGGACUGUGUCAAAGGUGAGAGCGGCAACUGUCCGGCCUUGACUCCGGGGACGUCCACUCAAGUGCUCAACCUGAAUUCCUGGAGCCUCACCACGUACAGGUGGGUUCUUAUGUUAGAGCAGAGGGUUACAAAGUUACAGUUGGGUUGUUAUGUUGGGGCAGGGGGUUACAAAGUUACAGGUGGGUUGUUAUGACAGUUAGAGCAGAAGUUUCAGAGUUACGAGUGGGUUGUUAUGUUAGAGCACGGGUUACAAAGUUAAAGGUGGGUUGUAAUGUUAGGGCAGGGGUUACAGAGUUACAUCUCGUAAAGGCGAGUUGUUAUGUUAGAGUAGGGGAUUACAAUUUUUAAGUAGGUUACACAGGUGCAGGUAGGUUGUUAUAUUAGUGUAGGGGAUACAAAAUGUUCUCCAAAGCUGACUGGAUAACUGAGUGAAUGCCAAAUGUUGGGUUGGAUAAUUGGCAGAAUUCCAAUUAUUGCCCAGGUGAAUGCGAGAGUACCGUUUGUCGGAGGGACAAAUAUUGUAUUAAAUGAAAUGAAAGACUCGUCACAUUAGUGCCGACAAAGACUUUGGCCACAAUUAAUUAAGUCUAUAAACAAGCACGAUUAAUUUGCACUUUUUGCUUUGUAUGAUUUAAUUAAUUUGGAGACCUAGUCCUGAGCAUACUACAAACGCAUCUUCUUGUUGGAUUUUCUUUUGCCACAUGGGGGUAUGACUGCCAUGAGCAAGAGUGAAAGUUUUGGGUGUUGUUUGAAUCUGGGUAUUUCUCUACAAACUUUGUAAUUGUAGGCGUUUUCCGGCCCCAUCAGCAAAAUCUAGAUCAUUGUGCAGGCCGGCUUCGACCUUACCUGAUAGGGUCGACCCGAACUGAGAGCGAUACAACGUCCUAAUAGACCGCCGGAGAUACACGAUAAUAAUAUGAAACCUCCCAAAUUCGGGGAUCGGACUCCUAUCUUCUGUGUUUGAUGGCUUAGGGCCUAAGCGCUCCACCACAGACGCCUGUGGGUAUUCUUCCGGGUAUGGAUAAUGUUUUGGAUGUAUCCGUUCUAGGGAAAUAUAUGCCUUCUUUUGGGGGUGUGGGAGUAUUGGUUUUUUAAAAUUCUUUGUGAGAUAUAAAUUUUGGUUGGGAUAUUAUCGUUCAGCGAGAGGUCAACAUUCUGGGAGCAAACUUUAGAGAGAUAAUAAUUUUGAGGCACUUUUGUCAGCGGAUAUUCUCAGAGAUGAAUGCAUGUUUUAGUGUGACAUAUCAAGGAAUUUGAAAGGAUCUGCGAGAAGGUUUAGUAUUUUACAAUGCUACCCCAACACAGGAUCACCGCAAACCUGAAAAAAGGAACAAGAACUGUCAGCGCUCAAAUCCUACUCGAUGUCGUCUCAGGGAAUCCGCCUCAGGUCGCCAUCAUCCCAUCAAGCGGCAGCGUGUACUACCAAAUGUCAAACGGCUACAAAGUUCUGAAAUCCUCGCGACUGGGUCUGGACUGCGUUUGCAUGGACUGCUCAGCCAGUGACGUCAUUACCUACCAAUGGAAAGUCAUGAUGGCAGACUACCGGUGGCCGGACAACUGGAGGCCCCUGGAACAGGUUGACGUGCUUGACCGGGUGCUCGGCUACGAAUCGAAGCAGAUCUCUAUCGAAGCCUCACUGUUUGAGACGUUCAACUCGCAGCAGAUGAGGGCGGAGUGUGUGCUCACCAGGGCAGGGGAGUGGGGGAAGGUCGCUUCGGAUCUCAUGGUCAACAACCCACCCGCACCUGGCACUUGCACUGUAAGUCCGUUCAACAGGACUAUCACCUCAGAGGAAGCCUGGACUAUCUCUGUAGACAGCUGGUCAGAUGAAGAUGGCAUUGACGAAUACCAGUUCUUUAUCCACACGGAUGAGGACACGGUAGACAAGCAGAUCACAUCUGUGAAGACCGAGCAAGGCACUCUGUCCAUCCAGGUCAGUCUGAGCGAGGGGCCGCACUACCUCAAUUACAAGCAGACGAUCAUUGUCAAGGUCAGGGACAUGCUUGGCAGCAUUCAGGAGUAUGACUGCGGACAAGUUGUAUUCUUCUACUGCUGUGUAUUCUCCCAGCAUGGAUACCAUGUGAUUUGCAUUAGCACAAAGACGGCUGCACACGUCAGCUUUGAACGCUUUGAUAUUUUGUAG